AUGAAUGAACAUAUAUGUAGCUAUCAUGCAAAUAAAAACAAUGGGAUAGAAAAAAACUUUUUCGUUAAUACAAAUUUAUGUAACGAUAUUAAUCAUGGAAAUAAUUUAUAUACAUCAGAUUUAUUUGGUAGUAAUAAUACUAGAGAGCCAGCUUACGGAUAUAAUAAAAGACAUUCUACCAUCCACAAUAGUAGCAAUGUUAAUGGUAUUCCCAAUCAUGUAAUUGACUCCUCAAUUAAUGAACUAGGAUAUAACCAAAGAGAUGUUAAUCAUAUAUUAACUAAUAAUUGUAUAUAUCCCAAAAAUAAUACACAUGAUAAUAAUUUAAAUUAUGGGAAAAAUAUAUUUAAUACUUAUUGUUCAAAUAAUUUUCCCUCCAAUUAUGAAAAAAAAUUAUGUUUACAAUGUACAUGCUUUAAUAAAAAACCUACUGAAAUAAAUGUUUUUAAUGAUGAUAUAAAAAAUGCACACAGUAAAAAUAUUUGCAGCAAGCCAUUUGAUACUUCCUCUUUGAACUGUACAAUUUGCCCCGGAAACGCAAGUACCUACUUAAAUGCAAGCAUAGGUAAUCGAUUAAAGAAUUAUACCCCAUUAAAUGAUGGAAUAAAAAAUGGGAGUAUAAUUCCGAUUAUUAGAAACGAAUAUUUUGCAAACCAUUUGAAGCCGAAUAUUAAUCAAAACCUUGGCCAAAAUUUAUGUCAAAGUUAUGAUCAAAAUAUAACAUUAAAUGGGAAUAACAUAUUGAGUCGAAGUUUAAGCCAACCUAUUCCGCGUGUAAGUCAAACAGAUGUUCAUCAAACUGUGCGGAACAUAACCUCAAACUUGAGUAUUCAUUCUAUGGGUAAUAAUAAAAUAAACAAUAAUGAUAUAUAUUUAUAUUCUAACAAUUUGAAAAAUAAAUUAAAUAAUAAUAUUAAUGAAACUGGAACUGAUAUAUAUAACAAAAUUAAUUAUGAUGCCCUAAAUAAUAAUAGUAAUUUUAAUAACUAUAUAAAAAUAAACGACGAAAAAAAUCGUCAAUUUAAUGACAAUUCAUUAUAUUAUCCAAAUAUAACUACUUGUUUACUAAAUAAUAUGUCUGAUCAUAAUCGAAAGAAAAAUGUGAAUGAGAAAAGGGGGAGUCUCAUCAGUGGCUCAUCCCUCAAUUUUCCACACACAAAUAUUGUAAAUCCAAACAUAAAUAACAAUAAUAAUAGAAAUAUAAUAAAUAGUGUAAAUAAUAAUGCUAAUACAAACAUACAUUAUCUUGGAACUAAUCCAAGGGGAAUGAUAAAAAUAGGAAAUGGCUCUGAAAUAAAUAAUGACAAAUCUGGAAUGUGCAUAACAGAUCCAGGAAUAGACAUGAAUAUGACAUAUAUUAGAAAUAUAAAAGGAAAUAUAUUUCCAAAUUUAGUUAGACCCUAUCCAGACCCAAAUAUAAACACAAUGUCAUUUGAAAAUAAAUCAAAACAAAGUAAUAAUUUAUCAGAAAAUAUGUAUACUUGUAAUAUUGUGAAUAAUAAUCCAUAUAAAGGAACAAGCUUAACUACUGAUCCAAGAUAUAACUUAGGAAAUAAUCAAGAAGAUGCAUCAAAUAUGUAUAAUACUCGUCAAUAUGAAAAAUAUGGUAUAUACAAAAUGGAAAAUGUAGCAAAUGCCAAUUCAUUAAAUUGUGGAAAUAUUGGUAGUAUAAAUGUUCAUGAUAAUUAUUUAAAUGACUAUAUAAAUCCUGAAUAUGGAAAAGAAGAACAAAGAACUAUUAUAAAAACGAAUACCAAUAUUACUCACAAUUACAAUGAUAUAAAUAAUCAAAAAAUAUUAAACAAAAGAAGUAGCAACAUUUAUAUAGAUCAUACUAAUGAUAAUAAUGAUGAUUAUAAAAAUAACAUGAAAAUAAAAAAGCAUAAUCGAAGAGGAAGACCAAGUAAAAAUAGUGUCACAUUAAAUGAUUUACCUCAAGCAUCUCCAAUAUAUAAUGAAAAAGAAAAUGAAUCACAUAUUGACAUGAAAAUGUAUCAUAAUUCAAAAGGUCGUAAAAAACGAGCAUCUGUAAACAAUGAAAAUUAUAGAAACUGUUUUGAAAAAGAAGAUGGUGAGUCAGAAAACAUGAACAGAAAUAGCUAUGUAGAUUCUUUGAAAAAAAAAAAAAAAAAUGAUCAAAAUUCAUGUAUGUCAUCAAAUAUGUCCGUUUCUUCUGAUUCAUCUGAUUCUUCUUUUUUUACAAACGGGUUUAAUGAUAAUGAAAAAAAAAGAAAGAGAAAUGAAAAUGAAUCACCAAAUAAUAAUCUUCAUAAUAAAAAAAAUAAAGUUAUUGAAAUUAAGAAAAGAAGACCCACUGUUAUUGAUUUUCUGAAUGAAAAAUGGAAUCGAAGUUCUACGACAGAAAAUGUUAGAUGUGAUUCACGAGAAUAUGAGGAUAACGAACCUCAUGAAAAUGUUUGGGAUAAAGAAGGAGACACUAAUUUAGAGAGUACCCACUCAGAAACUGAUGACAACGAUAGUGAUGUUGAAUCAUCGGAUCGUAGUAGUAAUAUUAUAGAGCAUGAAAUAAAAAUGGAAAAUGAUAAGGAAGACAAAAGUGAGUUUUCAGUGGCUGAUGAGGAAUUGUCUGAAAAUGACGACGAACAAAAUAUAUAUAACAACCAAAAUAAUCGUGUAAAAAAAGAAAAAAAUAAUGACAGUGAUGAGGAUGAUUCAUUAAAAAAGAGCUAUGCUGAAGGUAUGGCAGAAAAUGCUAAGUCAAAAGUUAAACAAGAAAAGUUUAAGGAAAAAAAUCAAAAGAACGAAGAAAAAUAUAAAAUUGAUAACAAUCAAGAGGAUAGAAUAAAUGGCAUUAAUAAUGAUAAAGAAAAUCGAAAUAUUCAAAAUUUCAGUCAGCAUCUAAGUUGUGAUGAAACACCAAAUGAAGAAAAUAAAGUAGAUGCAUCUAUGGAAUCAGAUUCAGUUUAUAGUUCCGUAUAUUCAUCUGAGUACUCUUCAGGAGAUAUGACAAGAACGGAUAGUUCAAGUAAUAAUGAAAAUACAUAUAGUAUGGAUGAAGAAAUUGAAAUAUGCAAUAGUCAAACAAAUGAUAAUCAAAAAAAUGACUCUUAUGUAAAUAAUAGUAAUAUUGUAGAUGUAGGCAAAACUGAAAAUAUAGAAAUCCCUAAUCGUAUUAACGAGAAAGUGAACAAACAUGUAGACAGAAAAAAUAUUAAUAAUGCUGAACAUGUUGAUGAAAAGUUUGUUAAUACAAAUAAUAUUUUUCUUCGUAUUUGCAGCAUAAAAAAAAUGAUUGAAGAAGACAUAGUAUAUGACAAUAAUGAAAUGAUGAACAACCAGUAUGAAAAUGUUUCAAACAAAUUUUGUAAAAAUGUGAUUGAUACAUUAAAAUGUUAUAGAAACUGUUUAGAUAAUGGGAUAGACAAUAAUUGUUGCUUGAUAAAGGAUGAUAAUUAUAUUUAUACAAAUUUAAAAAAUAUAAAAUAUAUAAAUAAAGAAUUAAUAUUAAAUAAUUUAAAGAGAAUAUUUCUUUAUAAGGGAAUAAAUAUAUAUGAAUGUAUAAUUUUAUUUUCUUAUUUGUUUUAUAAAAAAUCAAAAUAUUUAGAUUUCAAUAAAGUAUAUUUAUAUAAUACUAUGAAAAAGUUAUCUCCAUGCUUAUGGGAAUUAAAUAAAAAAUGUAAUGAUAUUGAAAUGAAAAUAUUAUUUUUUUUUAUAAGCAAAAUAUUUAUUUUACAUGAUUAUUUUGUUUUUAGAAUUAAUAUAUUUUUUUUUAAUUGGUUUAUAUUACAUUUAUAUAAAAUUAAGUUGAAGAAUAUAUCCUAUUUAGAAGAUAUAAAUAUAUUGAUAAAUAUUAUGACUGGCUUUUUAUCAAAUAAAAAAUUUUUAAAUUAUUCUAUUUUAUUUUUAAUAAAUAUAGUACUUCAUAAAAAUGAUGGAAAAUCAUUAUAUACAGGAUUAAACUAUCCAUAUGUGUGUGCCUUAUAUUUACACUUUUUUUCAAAGACAAUAUGUCUAUCAACCCAGCUUAGAAGAUUUGCUAGAUUAUACGAGCGACGACUUAAAAAUGCAAACUUAUCUAUUUCAAAAUUAACAGAAGCAAACGACGAUAACAAAAAUAGCAUAAAUGAUAGCCAUCUGAGGAAUAUUCCAAACAAUGAAGCUAAAAGCAAAGUACAUUUUAGUUUCAUUGAAGAUGUAGGAGAAAAUAUGGGCAAAGAAAAGAGUAACAAAUUAUAUGAUGCAAGUAUGAGAGUUAUGAGGAAUAAGAGAAAGUUUCAAAAUAAUGGUCUUCAUUGUCAAGGGGGUGAAAAAUUACUUUCCCCUAGACAAGACCUAAUAAUUCUUUAUAUAUUAUACAUGGCUAGAAGUAACUACUGUAUAUAUGUGAACAUAAUUAAGCAUAUAUUUUCAAAUAUAAUAAAUUUAAAAGUAACUUAUAACUUUUCAAAAUUAAAAGUAAAGAGUCGAUAUUUUUAUAAAAAAAUUAUUAGAUCAUUAAAUCAUGCAAAGAAAUAUUUGAAACAAUUAAGUAAGAAAAAUAAAAGGGGUAGACGAAAAAAGUGUGAAGAACAAGAUUUAAAAAAGGAUGAAAAAAUAUUAAAAAAAAAAAAAAAAAAAAAAAAUGAUAUAAAUUAUUCUCAAACAAAUCACUAUAAUUCAUUUGAUAAAUUUGGAUAUGAAAAUUAUUCUUUUAUUUAUAUAUUUAUUGGCUUAUUAAUUGAACAAAUUUCUUUUAAUUUUAAUGAUAAUAUAUCCUCAUAUUUUCAAAAUGAAAAAAUACAAAAUAUUUAUAAAAAUAUGUUUAUACAUUUUAAGGGAUAUACAGAUAUUACAUUUAAGUAUAUCAAAUUUUAUUCUAUAAAUCUGAUUAGGAAAUAUAAAAAUAUCUGGCUACGAAAUGUGUUUAAAAUUGUUAGUUUAAAGAAUAAUGAAACAGGUUUAGACGAUUAUUUUUUGGAAACCCCUUCAGUAGAUAAUACAAAAAUAUGUCUUGCUCAACAAAAUAGUUUUGUCUAUCCAAAUGAUGGACAAAUAAAUUAUGGCUUUAUUUCUAAACCAGAUGAACAAUCUAAAAAUUUUGAUGAUAGUUAUGAUAAAAAUAGUGAUAUAACAUCUAAUAGUGGAUUUGCAAAAGAUGAUGAUGCAGAAUAUUUGCAACAGUGUGACGAAAAUAAUAAUUCAUAUCUUUUAAAAAAAAAAAAAAAAAAAAAAUCAUCGCUAGUUUCAAAUAUUUCUAAAAAAAAUAAAAAAAGCUAUUAUUAUAUGAAUAAAUGUUUUGUGGAUACCACUUUUUAUAUAUUGUCUAAAUGUUUGAAAACUUUUAAAAGAAGCAAUAUAUUUAGUGUAGUAUUUGAUUUAUUAUUUUUAAGCUUUAUACAUCAAAUAAAAAAAGAAGAAUUAGCAUCUUUUCUAUGUUACACAUUUUCAAAUGACUACGAAUUAAGUGAAAUAAUUAUAAGCAUAUUAAUUAGACUUGACACAACUCGGGUACAUUUACAAAACAUUUAUUUUUUAAAUUAUUUUUUGAAAAGCGGUGAAAUUAUGACACGAAAUGGAUGUAGUAUAAAUAGCAACCAUUACAAUAGCAUUAAUUUGAAAGAGGUUAGGAUAAGCUUAGCGAAUAUAUAUUCUUUUUAUUUUUCUCAAUGCACCAAAGGAAGCAAAAUUGAAAAGAUAAAAAAUGAAAUAGCCAACCAAAUAAACUAUUUUGAUAAGCGAUUGUACACAAAACCAUGCAAAUGUAUGUUUUUGUCAUAUUUAAUAUUUUUUUCUUUAAUUUUUAAAAAUUUUAAAAUGUAUUUUAUGCAUUUCACUAAAUUUUCAUACACCCUAAAAAAGAAAGAGAAAUCGACGCAUGAAAUAAAAAAUGAUGAUGUCAAUAUAAAGGAUAUCACAUACACAAAAAAUGAGCAAAACAAUAAUAAUAAGCCAUUUAGUGAAGAGAACAAAUAUAUAUACCUUAUGAUAAAUAAUGGAAAAUUUUUAAUCGACCCAAUAAUGUCUUAUAACUACAUUGACGAUUGCUGUUACCAGGUUAUGUCUUCUUCUUUUUGCAAUUGGAAUGUGUAUGACUUGUUUACAAAUCGGACUAAAUAUUUUAAGGUGGAAAGUUGUGAAAUAUAUGAUGAAAAUUAUGUGUGUGCAGAAAAUGGAAAAAUAGCUAGCGAUACAGAAAAAAAAAAUUGCAACGAUAGCUAUUUAGAGAAUGGUGAGUUGAAGACUGAAAGGUUUGGUAAAGAAAAUGAAACUACUAAUGAUUUGAAUAAAAAUUGGAAAGAAUCCGAAAAUAGCGAAUUAGCUUUUGAGGAAAUAAUGAUGAUUAUGUACAAAUACGAUUUAAUUGUGUGUGAAAAUGUUUUAGUUUCUUAUUUUUCAAUCGAUAAAAAAAAAAAAAAAAAUAUGAUUUGUUCAGAAAUUUUGAAAAAAAAAAAAAAUAAUAAUAAUAAAAGCUAUAUAGAGCAAGAACUUAGUAAUGUAAUAAUUAAUAAAGAUAACGAAAUUGACAAUCUAUAUUUUUUCAAAGAAGAUUUAGCUUAUCAUAUUUUACAUGAAUUAUAUAAAUACAAGUCAGGACAUGAUAAUAUAGAAAUAGGAAAUAUACUUUUAAAAAUAAAUGGAAAAAUUUUCAAGGAAAAUGUUGAAAAUAAAAUUGAGUUUAAUAAAAAAAAACGAAGAAGAAGAAGAAAAAGAAAACAAGCUAUUUCAGAAGGGGAAAAUAAAAAUGAUAUAAAAAAUUGUAGCAUUGAUAUGGUUGAACGAGACCAACGAGAAAUCAUAUAUGAAAAAUAUUUACAUGAAAUGAAUAAUAUAAUGAAAUGGAAUAAAAAUAAUAUAGAAUAUAAUAAUAAAAAAAAAAAUAAAAUAAAUUUAAAGAGUCGAAGAAAUAAAUACACCAAUAUUAUUAUAGAUAUAUAUCCAUUAGUUUUUCUUUCAUUAGUUAAGUUAUUAAAUGGUGUAAUAAUUAUAAAUGAUGAUGUAAAAAAAAAAUCUUUUGACGUAAAAAAUGAAAUAUUUCCUGUCAAUCUUAGUAUAUGCAUAGAUUUUAAUAAAAAUGAAGAAAUUUUUAAAAUACAUGAUACUGAAAUAAAAAAAUUUGAUAAAAAUGGAGAAUCAAAAUAUCUUUUUAUGAAAGCAUGUCUUUGUAAUGAAGGCAUUACAGGAGCAAAGACAAAUUGCCAAAACUGUAUGGAUCGAAAAAAUAAGCAUAGUCAAAUUUAUAGGGAGCUAAAUAAAAGCAUAAUAGACAGAAAUGAAGAAGCAAGUCCAAUUUAUUCAAAUGAAAUUACUCAACAAUAUUUAAUUUAUAAAGAGAAAGGAAAAGGAAUAUAUUUAAACUUAAUUGUUAAACUGUUAUAUAAAGAAAUAAAAUCGGACUUUUUUCUUGUUCAAGAAUAUUUUGAUGAAAAAAUAUAUAUUUAUAGAAGUUUGCUAGUUAUGCUAAUUUUAAAAUAUUUAUCAUUUGGUUAUGGGUUAUUUUAUUUAAAAAAAAAAUUUCUUUUUUUCUUUAUUCAAAGAUUAUUUAGAUUAUUAUGUUUCCGUUUGAUGAUACCUUUUUUAUCAAAUAUUCAUUUAAGUAAGUUGACUAGCGAAAUAAUUAUUAUUGAUGAUUCCCUUUUAGUUAGCUCUUAUAUUUCUCAGUUGAAAAAAAAAAAAAAAAAUCAAAUAAUAAGAGAAGAGGAAAAGAAAAUAAAAAAAAAUAAUAAAAACAAUGAUUUUCUACGAAAUAAGUCGUAUAAUAUGUAUAAAAAUUAUUCAGAAAACUUUUUCUUUAAUUGGGAUUUCGUUGGUGAUGUAAGACAUUUAGGAGAGGGUAAUGAAGAGGAGGACGAAGAAGAAGAGGAAGAUGAUGAGGAAGAAGAUGAGGAAGACGAGUUUGAGAAUGAAUUAACAGAUGACAUGAGCAAGCCUAAUGGAGAAAGUGCGGAGGAGGAAGAAGAGAAAAUGGAAAGAAAAAGACAUGACGGAAAAGAAAUUCGAGAAAGGGAAAAGAAAGAUUGUAAAAAUAUUCAAGGAUGUAGUUAUACAUGUAGUUGUAAAUUUAAUAAAAAGAAAAAGACAAAACAAAUAAUAUAUAAACCAUUUGUAGCAUUUGGUAGUUUAGUAAUGACUAAAAAAGAAGUACUAGAUCUUGGGUUGUUGAAAAAGAAUGAGAUCAAAAAAAAAGAAAAAAUAUAUAUAAAUAAAAGUAUAUUAAAAAAUAAACAAAAAAUAAAAAAUGCAAAUUAUAAUAGUGGCACAAAUUUAAAUAUAGAUGAAAAUAAAGAAAGCAUAAACAUGUCAAUUAUAUCGUUACUAGCUUUGAUGAAUGCAUUAAAAAAGAAUGGAAAUACAAAUAUGAUAAUAAAUUUUUAUUUAAAUUUAUUGAUAGAAAAAUUUUUGGAAAAAAAAAAAUAUAUACAUAUAGAUGAUAGCUAUUUAAUAAAUAGCUAUAAUGUAAACUUAGUAAACCCACUAAAUAUCGAUAUAAAAAGAAAUUUUUAUAUUUAUGAAAAUAAUUCAGUAAAAAAAAAAAUAGAAUUAAUAAGUAAUGGAUAUAAGUUUUAUUCAUCUGCUUGUACUUUAAAUACUUUUCAAAUAAUAUUUUAUGAAGUUUUAAAAACAUAUUUAAGUUUUAGUAAUAGUAAUUAUCUCGGAGCAUUAAUAUCAAAAAUAGGUCGAUUAAAUAAUAUAUAUAGUGAUAAAAAUAUUCAUUUUAAAAUUAAAAUAAAUAGAUUGUUAUGUAAUAAAUUACACACAUUAAUGUUAGAGCAGUUACUAAAUAUGAAGUUAAAUAAAAUAGUUACACCAAAUAAAAUAUCUGUGUGUAAGUUUUUUUUUAUUUCUCUAUUAGAUGAAAAUGAAAAUCCAAAUUUUUUUUUAAACAUCCCAUAUCAAAACGAUCGAACUAGAUCUAUAACAUCUAAAGAAAUGCAAAUAUAUGAUUUUCAAAUUAGGUGUGGAAAUUUAUCAGCUACACAACAAUGGCAUCAUCAACAGGUGAGAUUGAAAAAUGAAAAUUGUCUCCCACCAUAUAUGAAUACCGAAUUAGAGAAUGAAAACAAUUAUAGUAAAACAAAACAAAUAGCAAGUUCAUCAAAUUGGGAAGGAAACAAAGAUAAUGGUAAGUCUGGAAAUUUAGAGAGUUAUGAAAAUCGUGAGUUUAGUAUAAAUAAUGGGCUUGAUAAAGAUGGUACAUCAAAUUAUAAAACAGAUUUAUGUAAAACUCAAAAUGAAAAGGAAAUAAGAAAAGAUAGUGGUGAAUAUAAAAGAAAAGAAAAUGUGAAAAGGAUUUGUCUAACCAAUUAUAAUAAUAAUAAUGGGGUACAAACAUUUGAUGGGUCUAGCAAUACUAAUAUUAUAAAUACAAAUGAAAAAGGGCAAGUCACAAAUGUAAGGAUUAUAUAUAAUCAAAUGUAUAACAUCGAUUAUAAAGAGGAAGGGAAUAGCUUGAGAAUGAUUAAGAACACACUUAUAUAUAUGAAAGAAAAUGAUAUAAAUAAAUUAAUAGAUGGUUUUGAAAAAUUAAAUAAAAUAAUAUACGAAUGUAGUAUAUAUAUUUAUAAAAAUAUAUUCAUUAAAGGAAAACCACAAGAUCUGCUAACCAAACAAAUAUCAGCAAUUCAUUUAUGGUUUCAAAAUUUUAUGAAUUUAUUAAAAUAUGAAAAAUCAGUCAUUCAUCAAUUAUAUAAUAAAUAUCAAGGAACUGGUAUUUAUACAAAAAAAAAUAAUAUUUUAAAAAGUCAUAUUAUAAAAAUUAAUUCAAAUAUAUUAAAUGAAAUUGAAGAGAUGAAAAAAAAUAUAGAACCAUAUUUACCCAUUAUAGAAAAAAAAUACUUAUCAAUUAAAUUAAAAGAAGAGGAUGAAAAAACAAAAAAACGUGAUAAUCCAAUUGAACCAAAUUUUAAAGAAGUUGAAAAAGAAGAAUGUCAAAUAGGUUCAAAACCAAAUGAAAUAGAAGAAGAAUAUAUUGAAGAUUAUAAUGAGUUAAGUUCAUUUAUUGAUUUUACAAUGGAUAAAACAUCUGGUAUAUUAUUAGAGGGUAAAAAGAAAUUUGGAACUAUUCAUAGUAACAGUAAGGAGUUGGAAGAUCCUGGAAAUUCAAGUACCUCUGGUGUUCGUCUCUUAAAUGAGUAUAAAGUUGAUGAAGACUGGUUGACAUAUAUUAGGUCAUUGAUAUAG